CGGCCUCGGUUCACACACCUAUUAGUGUCCAGUUUCUGGAGAAGCCAAUCAGCGGCACCGCGGUUCCGGGGUAUCAAGUUUCCGCACCCGCCUCCUGAGACUCACAUUUCAACCCAGACCCCGAGCAUGCGGUUCGUGAUGCCCCCAACUCUGUUCCUGCUGCUGUUGGGGGCCCUGGCCGUGACCCAGACCUGGGCGGGCUCCCACUCCCUCAGGUAUUUCUACACCGCGAUGUCCGGGCGCGGGGAAGCCCGCUUCAUCGCCGUGGGCUACGUGGACGACACGCAGUUCGUGCGGUUCGACAGCGACGCCCCGAAUCCGAGGAUGGAGCCGCGGGCGCCGUGGAUGCAGCUGGUGGGACCCGAGUACUGGGACGAGCAGACGCGGAUCGCGAAGAACAGCGCACAGAAUUUCCGAGUGAACCUUCAGACCGCCCUCCGCUACUACAACCAGAGCGAGUCCGGGUCGCACAGCAUCCAGAGAAUGCAUGGCUGUGACGUCGGGCCUGACGGACGCCUCCUCCGCGGGUACAGUCUGUUGGCCUACGACGGCGCGGAUUACAUCGCCCUGAACGAGGACCUGCGCUCCUGGACCGCGGCGGACACCGCGGCGCAGAUCACACGCCGCAAGUGGGAGGUGGCCGGUGGUGCAGAGCAGGAGAGGAACUACCUGGAGGACUUGUGCGUAGAGUGGCUCCUCAAGUACCUGGAAAACGGGAAGGAGACGCUGCUGCGCACAGUCUCCCAACACACGGGUGACCCGCCACCCCAUCUCUGACCGUGAGGUGACCCUGAGGUGCUGGGC